GGGACCCCAUUUCUGUGCUCAUCUGCCUCCUUGGGAAUAUAAAGAGCAAGCACUGAGGCCCCGCCUCAGAGCACCCCAAACUUGAUGCCAUGAAGAUCCCGGUCCUUCCUGCCGUGGUGCUCCUCUCCCUCCUGGUGCUCCAUUCUGCCCAGGGAGCCACCCUGGGUGGUCCUGAGGAAGAAAGCACCAUUGAGAAUUAUGCUUCACGACCCGAGGCCUUUAACACCCCGUUCCUGAACAUCGACAAGUUGCGAUCUGCUUUUAAGGCUGAUGAGUUCCUGAACUGGCAUGCCCUUUUUGAGUCUAUCAAAAGGAAACUUCCUUUCCUCAACUGGGAUGCCUUUCCUAAGCUGAAAGGACUGAGGAGCGCAACUCCUGAUGCCCAGUGACCAUGACCUCCACUGGGAGAGGGCGUGAGCGUGAGCGCUGAUUCUCAACCUACCAUAACCCUUUCCUGGCUCAGGAACUCCAAUAAAAUGUCUUCCAUCCAACA